GAAGACUCUGUCUUUCCUGCCCUAUGUCCCAUCGAGUAGGCUGAACCACCACGUGUGUCCGUUAAAUAUUUCGUUUCUUGUUUCCAUACGUCCAGUUCCUUGUGUUUCGCUGAAACACACAACAUCACCAUGGUGAAACUAGCAAAGGCAGCGACCAAGCAGGCAAUUCAGAAGAAAAAAGCCCCUCCACCAAAGGAGGUAGAGGAGGAAUCUAGUGAAGAGGAAAGCAGUGAGGAGGAAGAGGCUCCCAAAGUGGUGAAAAAAGCCACACCAGCAAAAGCAGUUAAGAAUGGAGCUGCUGCUAAAAAAGCAGAAAGUGAGGAGGAUUCAGAGGAGGAAUCUGAAGAAGAGGCCCCAGCACCCAAAAAGACUCCUGCAAAGGCCAAACCAGCCCCCGCCAAGGCAACACCUGUAAAGGCUGAGGAGUCAGAUGAAGAUGAUGACGAGGACGAUGAUGAGUCUGAGGAAGAGGCCCCACCCCCCAAGAAAGGAGCUAAGCCUGCUGCCAAGCCCGCAGCGAAGGCUAAGCCUGCAAAGGAAUCCUCUGAAGAUGAAGAAUCUGAAGAAGAAGCCCCACCCUCCAAGAAGGCUGCAGCUAAACCAGCCGCCAAAAAGGCUGCCAAAGAGGAGUCUGAGGAUGAAGAUGAAUCUGAAGAAGAGAUGGACACUGCUCCUGCACCAGCAAAGGCAAAGAAAGCAGGGAUGGUGAAAGCCAAGGAAGAGUCAGAGGAGGAUGAUGAUGAAGAGGAGGAUGAUGAUGAGGAUGAUGAUGAUGAAGAGGAAGCCCCAGUGACCCCUGCAAAGAGGAAGGCAGAGAGCAAGAAAGAGGCACCUGCUGCCAAGAAGGCAAAGUCCGAUGGUGAAGGUUUCUGUCUAUUUGUUGGGAACUUGAACUCCGACAAGGACUUUGAUGAAAUUAAAGAUGCCAUGAGGAAAUUCUUCACCAAGAACGACCUUGAAGUCACUGAUGUCCGGUUAGGUGGAUCCAAAAAAUUCGGUUAUGUGGAGUUUUCCUCGGAGGAGGACAUGCAAAAAGCUCUAGAGCUGAAUGGCAAGAAGUUCAUGGGUCAGGAGCUUAAGUUGGACAGAGCCAGAAGCAAGGAGACCUCACAGGAUGGAAAGAAAGAGAGGGAUUCAAAGACACUGUUUGUGAAGAACCUUCCCUUCUCCGCCACGAUUGAAGACCUUAAGGAAGUCUUUGAGGCUGCCGUUGAUGUCAGGUUACCGCCAGGCCAGAACGGUUCAAACAGGGGCAUUGCCUACAUUGAGUUCAAAUCUGAAGCUGAAGCUGAGAAGAUGUUGGAGGAAGCUCAAGGUGCUGAUGUCCAGGGGAGGUCCAUCAUGGUGGACUACGUUGGAGAUAAGAGCCAGAAGGGAGCUUCCAUGGCUGGAGCAGCAGCAGGAGCAGCCAGUAAAACACUGGUGGUGAAUAAUCUGUCGUUCACCGCCACAGAAGAGGCACUUCAAGCCACUUUUGAUAAGGCUGUCUCUAUUAGGAUUCCACAGAGAGACGGCAGACCAAAAGGUUUUGCUUUCGUAGAAUUUGAGACCACAGAGGAGGCUAAGGAUGCCCUUGAAAACCUCAACAACACAGAUAUUGAUGGCCGCUCCAUCCGCCUGGAGUACAGCCAAAACAGUAGCAGAGACGGAGCCAGAGGAAACGCUGGUCCAACUAAAACCCUGUUCGUCAAGGGUCUCUCUGAGGAGACCACAGAUCAGACUCUCAGAGAUGCGUUCGAUGGGGCCGCAGCAGCCAGGAUAGUCACAGACAGAGAAACAGGAGCAUCAAAAUGCUUUGGCUUUGUGGACUUUAACAAUGAGGAUGACUGCAAGGCAGCCAAGGAGGCCAUGGAUGAUGGCGAGAUCGAUGGCACCAAGGUGAGCCUGGACUACGCCAGGCCCAAGGGCGAAGGCGGCUUCCGCGGUGGUCGAGGUGGAGGUGGAUUUGGCGGUCGCGGCGGCAGAGGUGGAUUUGGCGGUGGUCGCGGCGGCGGUGGUGGCUUUGGCGGCGGCGGAUUUGGCGGCCGUGGUCGUGGCGGCAGAGGAAGAGGAGACUCUCGUGGCGGUGGACGCGGGCGAGGAAGCUUCGGAGGUGGAAGAGGUGGUGGUGGAUUUGCCAAGCCCCAGGGGAAGAAAAUUAAGUUUGAUGACUAAAUCCUUCGUCAUUUUUACUUUUGAAUGGACUCUGGUUUCAUCACUUUUCAGAGCUUUUGGACAUUCCAGAAAGCGUCAUUGAUAUAUAUUUAACUGUUGACGGGCAUUUUAGCCCUUUAUUUAGACCCCACAAACCUCCACCCUUGUGUGCCAGAAUGGUACUUUUUGACCUUCUCAGCUCAAGUGCUUUGUGAGUACUGAAUGUCCCAAGUGCAAACCUGCGCCUCUAACCCUCUGAUAACUUGCUUUUCUGAAGGAGUAAAAUGGAACGGGUCUGGCAAACAAGUUUGCUGUGAAAAAUAUGCUUGUCUUUGUCAGAUACAUUGUGUAAAUUUAAACAGUUUGUAUGAUUUUCAUUUUACCUUUUUGUAAAAAAAAAAAAAAUACACACCUUAUUUGCUUUUAUUUUUUAGUUUGCUUUAGUUGCCAACUUUUACUGUUCUGUGUAAAGCAUAUUUUGAUAGAAGAUUUGAGUCAGUGCUCAUGAGUUGGGUGUUAAGGAAAUGGCAAGAUGUUCUGUCAUGUUUGUUUGGUGGGGCCGGGUCAAUGUCAGAGGAAGAACCUCUUCUAUGUAACAUAAAAUAUUUGUAGUGCAUUGACUAAUUUCUUUUCCCCCAUCUGAAAAUCUGAAGAUUUUCACAUGAUUGAAAUAAAACCUUGUAGGUGGUGAUUUUUAAAUGUCUAUCCUUUUUCAACCUUGUCAAUCUGAAAUAUUGAAUGUGUCACAGGCUUGAAAUGUUAGAAUAUAAAAGUUGAUACAUUUAUACUGCUACCUACCAAUGCAACACAUCAUCUCUGAAAUAUAUUUUACUUUGAAAAGCUUGAAACAUUUCAAGUAAUACCGUCACUUGUUGAGUAAACCCUAGGAGUCCUGGAGAAAAAUGUUUGAUUCUGUUAACCUGUAUAUUGUUGGAAGGUUGUUGUAGUGUCCCACAUGGAUGCCCUAAAUGGGGACGGAUGCUCGUCCUAUUGUAUUCCUGAAUGCGUUG